AUGUAUCACCUGGCCAAGGGCCUGUACCGGCUCGCGACCAGCAAGGAGGAGUACUCGGUGAUCCUCCUCGGCCUUGACAAUGCAGGCAAGACAACCUUCCACGAACAAACAAAAUCGCUCUUCCUUCCCGAACGGCCAGACCCCAAACUCAAAACCGUACCGACGGUAGGCCAGAACGUGUCGACCUUGACACUGCCUGACAUGUACCUGAAGAUCUGGGACGUGGGCGGGCAGCUGAGCCUACGCAAGCUGUGGCAGAGCUACUAUGCGAGCUGCCACGCCAUCGUCUUCAUCAUCGACAGCACCGACAUUGGGGAUGGGCUGCUCGAGGCCGAUCAGGACCAGCAUGGCCGCUUGGACGAGUGCCAUCUCGUGCUCGAGGACGUGCUGCAGAAUAGCGAGACCGAGGGCGUGCCCUUGCUGAUUCUCGCCAACAAGCAGGAUCGCGAGGACUGUGUCGAGGUUGUGCGAAUCAAGGAGGGGCUGGUCAAGAAGGUGUUUGAGGGAGAGAAGGCUAGCAGUAUACGUGACUCGAGGGUCUUGCCUGUCAGUGCUUUGACGGGGACCGGGGUUAGUGAGGCCAUCGAUUGGAUCAGGAGUAGAGUGAAGUGGAAUAAGGAGUCGCGGCCGCCGGUCAUGCGGUAG